CAGUCAUUUCAGAUGAUUAAAUAUUCACAGAUGGUCUCCUGCCUGUGUGCCACGAAAGUUUCUUAUGUCAAAACUCUUAGCACAGUCCUCACCAGGGAGGCAAUUUGAGGAAACUUCCAAAACUCAAAACUUUUUUCCUAUCUCAGAAAAAAUCCUCAAAUCACAACCCAGUAGAACCCAAGAAUUUAUUAUAUUACAUAUUACAAUGGAGAAGUUUAACAAAUUUAAAGAUGUAUUAAUAAAAAUUGUUUUCUUUUCAGGUAAUGUAAUUAACCAUCAUUUGAAAUACAUGGCGAAUAGAAACAAUGUGACAGAGUUUAUUCUACUGGGGCUUACAGAGAACCCAAAAAUGCAGAAAAUCAUAUUUGUUGUGUUUUCUGUCAUCUACAUCACCACCGUGACAGGAAAUGUGCUCACUGUGGUCACCAUAAUUGCCAGCCCAUCAUUGAGGUCCCCCAUGUACUUUUUCCUGGCCUAUCUCUCCUUUAUCGAUGUCUGCUAUUCCUCUGUCAAUGCCCCUAAGCUGAUCACAGAUUCACUCUAUGAAAAGAAAACUAUCUUAUUCAAUGGAUGUAUGAUUCAAGUCUUUGGAGAACAUUUUUUCGGAGGUGUUGAGGUCAUCCUACUUACUGUAAUGGCCUAUGAUCGCUAUGUGGCCAUCUGCAAGCCCUUGCACUAUACCACCAUCAUGAAGCAGUGUGUGUGUAGCCUACUAGUGGGUGUGUCAUGGGUAGGAGGCUUUCUUCAUGCAACCAUACAGAUCCUCUUCAUCUUCCAAUUACCUUUCUGUGGUCCUAAUGUCAUAGAUCACUUUAUGUGUGAUCUAAACCCUCUGCUCAAUCUUGCCUGCACUAAUACCCACACUCUAGGACUCUUCGUAGCUGCCAACAGUGGGUUCAUAUGCCUGUUAAACUUUCUCUUGCUCCUAGUCUCCUAUGUGGUCAUACUGUACUCCUUAAGGACCCACAGCUUAGAGGCAAGGCAGAAAGCCCUCUCUACCUGUGUCUCCCACAUCACAGUUGUCAUCUUAUUCUUUGUGCCCUGCAUAUUUGUGUACAUGAGACCUCCAGCUACUUUACCCAUUGAUAAAGCAGUUGCUGUAUUUUACACUAUGAUAACUCCUAUGUUAAACCCCUUAAUCUACACCUUGAGGAAUGCUCAGAUGAAAAAUGCCAUUAGGAAAUUGUGUAGUAGGAAAGUUAUUUCAAGUGUCAAAUAAGUGUGACUGGAGCCCAACAUGAUUCAACUGAGGCAAGGGUCGAAAGGACAUUUUGGGUAAUGUCAGCAAGGAAUUCUUAUUGGAUAAAUAAAAUAUUAACCACUAUGAUCAAUACAUUAUGCCUUGAGGGGAG